AUGCUUCAAAAGAGAAAUGCGGCGGCUGCGUUUAAAGGGAAGCGCGCCCCAAUCCCGCGAGGCUCCGAGGACGCGGCGCCUUUAAGAGGCCGCCGCCGCCAGGCCCCUCCCCGCGCAGGGGGCGGAGCUCGAGCGUUUCGCGCGAAAGUUGGAGACAUUUUGCGCCGGAUGGAACGUUGGGGGCGCUUUGAAGGCGGCGGAUCAAAGGCGAUGGCGGCGCGCGGGAAGAGCCUCGUGCAGCAGCUGCGGGUGACCGACUUCUUCGCCCGCAGCAAGAAGGGCCCGGCGGGCGCCAAGCGCAGGAAAGUCCGCCAGGACGGCUCGGAGGAGGCCCGGCCCAGCCCCGAGGCCAAGCCCCAGCCCCAGCCCCAAGCUCCGGCCUGGCUGGCCUCUCCCCGCACGCCGGCCGGAGCCCAGUGCCCGCGGGCCACGCCGGGCAGCAGCAGCAGCAGCAGGAAGAGGCGCCGCUCGGGCUCCGCGCUGCAGGCGGAGGGGGCGCGCUCGGGCGGGCAGAAGGGGACCGCCCGGAAGAGGCUGCUGAUGGCCCCGGAGGCGGUGAGCGGAGCGGCCGCCGCAGUCGGGCUUCGGAAUGAACGGCUGCUGCCGGCCCGGGCUGCCCGCUUUCGCACAACAGCCCUGCGAGGCAGGCUGGGCGGAGCCGGCAACUGGCUCGGGGAGGGGGGGGAUCCAGUCUGGCUCGGCGGUCCAAAAAGUGGCAAGACCCUGCUUGGAUCGCUGGCCAGGCCGCGUGGAGACCUCGGGGGAGCUCCGCCGCCGACAAGCCCAGAGGGGGGUGAAGACUCUAAGGCAGCGCUUCCCUUGCAGGUUGCCAGCCCCUCUUCCCCCAGCUCCUCCGGCCUGGAUAAGGAGGCAAAGGAUUUGGUGAACGUGAUCCUCUCCCCGGGUCAGAAGCAGGAGAGCGGGGCCCAUCCUGGCCUGGCCAUGCCAGAGGAGAAGGUUCUGGCCAGAGAGACGCUUGCAGAGCUGAGAUGCCGGCUGGAGAAGCUGACCCGGAAAGGCCAAUUACCUGCCACUACCUCCGAAGCCAAAGGAGACGAUGUGAAGAGCAGGUUGCAACGGGCACGGCUUCUGGAGGCCAAGAUCUGUGCCAAGAAAAUAGCCAAGGAGGAGAAGGACCGCCUCUCCCACCCCCAGUUGCCCACACAGGAUCCGAAGCCCGAAGCAGAGGCCUGUGAGAAGGUACCAGCCUACCAGCGAUUCCACACCCUCGCCCAGGAUGUGCCCCCCGGGCUCACACUGCCCUACAAGUACAGGCUGCUGGCCGAGAUGUUCCGCAGCAUGGAGACCAUUGUUGGGAUGCUUUUCAACCGCUCAGAGAUGGUGACCUUCGCCAAGGUCAAGCAAGGGGUCCAGGACAUGAUGCGCAAGCAAUUUGAAGAGCGGAAUCUGGGCCAGAUCAAGACGGUGUAUCCAGCCGCCUACGUGUUGCGGCAGGAGAAAAACAUCCCCACCUUCAGCAGCGGAGGUCUGAAGCGAAGCGACUACCAGCUUACCAUUGAGCCCGUCUUGGGAGAAGGGGAGAAACUGUCAGCGUCGCGUUUGCUGGAGCGCCAGAAAGUGUUCAACGGGAACCUGGUUAACGUUGUCAAAGAGCAUCACAAGGCCUUCCUGGCGUCCCUCGACCCUCCCAUGGUGAUUCCAGAGGAGAAGCUGGCCCGGUGGCACCCUCGGUUCAAGGUCGACGAAGUGCCCGAGAUUGUCCCAGCUGAGCUUCCGCAGCCCCCCCAGGUGGAUAAGCUCACCACAGCACAGGAGGUGCUGGCAAAGGCCCGUUCCAUGCUGACCCCAAAGAUGGAGAAGGCGUUGGCCAACCUGGCCCUGAAGACAGCCGAAGCCGGCCCCUCCACGCCCGAGUCUCCGAGGCCUUCCCCACCCCCCACCCCCAGCAGCCUGAAGGGGGUGUCGCAGUCCCUGCUGGAGCGGGUCCGAGCCAAGGAAGCGCAAAAGCUGCAGGCCCUGAUGACACGAGACCCCCUGCGAGAGCAGCGGCUCAACAGGCUGGCCCGCCUGCCCGAGAUGGCAAGGACUCUCCGCAACGUGUUUGUGGCUGAGAAGAAGCAGGCGCUCACCAUGGAGGUGGCGUGCCAGCGGAUGACGGAGAGCUGCUGGAGCCUCCUGAUGCCUGGAGAGAUGGAAAAACACCUUCGCCUCUUCUCUGAGCUGCUGCCGGACUGGGUGAGCAUCCUCAGCAUUCGGACCGAAACCUACAUCAAGCUGGACAAAAGUCGAGACCUUAACGUCAUCACGGAGCGCCUGGCUGCCCGGGUCAAGGAAGAGGAGAAGCUGUGACAACACCCCCCCUCCCCACGCUCACAAGGACACCAGGAAUUCACGGAGUUUCAGCCUCCCCCCCCCCCCCAAUAAUUCCUUCCAAGGAAGGCACUAAAUUAACUUGCUUGCUUUUGCAGACCUUGACCACUGGAGGCAGUGUUCUUCCAAAACUAUAAAAAGAGAUGGAUCCCAGUAACUUUUAAGUGCCAAACUUCACUUUCUUGCAAUCUUGGAGCAAGACCAUAGUCUCAUGAUGCAAUGGUUUUUUCCAUUUGCCACGCCUAUGUGGGUGGGCUCCCCUUUCCACCGGGGGACCUAGAAACCAUUUCCUGUUUUUAAAAUGUUUGCUAGUUAAUAAGAGUAAAAAGUUCCCUUUCUUCCAGCUGUCUCUGCUUUUGGAACUAAAACUUUUGCAUGAAGACUUUAGUAUUAAACUUGAACCAAGUGGAAAGA